AUGAAGUCCGCUGCUCUAGCCACUUUCCCACUCUUUUCUCUUGCACUUGGUGCUGUCAACUGGAGUGCCUUUGAGUCAUGUGUGACCGAGAGCGGCACUGCAUCUGUUAAAACAGUGCCAACAUCACUGUCCACUACGACUGUCCAGCAGCCCGAUGUUCUCAUCAAGCACACAUUCCAUCCUCAGCACNUUUUCACCCCCAAACCUUUCACGAAGACGUGGACUCACACCUUCCAAGAAACAAACACUGCUGUGUCUACCAUCACCAUUCAGCUGACACACACCGAGUUCGUUCCAACCUCGACUAUCGUGAACACCUACACGCAAACCCAGGUCUCUAGCGUCUACACCACAGUACCCACUUCUGCUGGCUUCUUGCCUAUCUCCAACACGACGAACUCGGCUUACCCCAAUGGACAAUCGCUCAGCAGUUCGUCGGCUGCCGCAUCCAAGUCUAGUGCUAUCUCUUCGAAGUCGAGCUCUGCACCUGCUGCUGCUUCCGGUACUGCUUCUGCCGGCUUUAACAUGACUGCUUCGGCUUCCGGCUCUGGUGUCGGUGCCUCAGGUGAUGGUUCUGCCGAUUUGGAGGCAAGAAACCUCAAGAACCUCAAGCAGUUUGCCCAUGCUGUUCACUGCUUGAAGAGUGUCCUUGUCCAGAAGACUGUUAGCACCACUAUCACUGGAACUACACAGACUAGCACACUUGCUCAGGCUACGGUGACUGCCACUGUCAGCGCAACAGCCACCAUUAUGGUCCAGCCCAAGUUUGGUCGUGGAAAGACUGUUUACACCACCGCAAUUACCACUGUGACCAAGGGCUACAACGCUUACUCGAGCAAGGUCGUGACUGCCGAGGUCACAUCUACCAUCACAUCCUAUGCAGCAUGCCAAACCAACAACAUCCUCAACUCCGUUGCUGCUGUCAACGGCAAGGCAAAGUUCAAGACCACUGUUGCAAGCUCUGCCCAGCAAUGCUGCGAGCAAUGCCAACAGACCAGUAACUGCGUUGGAUCCGCCUUCCAAGCCCUGCUUCCUAUUGGCGGUCGCUGCCUCAUUUACUAUGCAAACACUUGUCCUGCCCAGUCUGCAAACUCUCUGCAGUACACUCCUGCACCAAUCAAGCAGUUCCCCGGAACCUAUGCCCUGAGCAACGGUGCAUGCGGCUACAUGUUCUCAGCUGGUGGACAGCCAUCAGGUCAUGGUCAUGGGUGGUAA